AUGCCACUAGUUGGAAGAUAUCAAAAUUGGUCAGGGGAGUCUCGUGAUGAGUCGCACGGCUCUUCGGACGCUUCGCCCAAUCUGACGGAUGACUCCAUUGAAAUCGUCAUCAAUAAGGCGAAGGGAGAAUUAAUUGGCAUGACGCUGGGCCAGAAGGACAACACGGGUGACGGUUUCACAGUGACGGACAUCACCCCUAAUGGGGCACUGCGUCGCACGCUAAACUCCGUCAUUGCCUACCGCAGGGUAAACUUCAAAGUAGGUGACGUGGUGACAGAACUCAACGGAAAACGUCUCCGUCAUGUUACCCUAUUUGGUGUCCAAAGCCUUCUCUGGAGCAUGCUCUCCCUCGAAGGCAAUAUCAGUUUAAAAUUCACGUCUAAGCUGCCAACUGAGCCAGAGCUCACGUUACCCACUGAGGGCCACGAGGAGCACCCCCUUGAUAAGUCCCAUGAUCGAAAUAGUGCCUCAAGUUCCAGUGUAUCCUCCGCUUCCACCAAUUCGAGGCUAUCUAGCUCUGAUCCCUUCCUUUUCGACAAUGCAACACCCACGGCCGAAAUGAGCGCAGUACAGUUCGCCGUCAGUCCAAAAGAGCACACACAGGUCCCACCGAAAUCAUCCAAACGGCCGAAUGAGGUUGUGUCUGAUAGCGACAACUCAGUCACUCAACCCACCAAAUCCAAUCCCGAUCACUACCAACAUUUACAAAAAAACCAAGAUGCAACCUCUACUCCAAGCAUGAAAUUGCUACUCAGCUCUCGUGGUGGAGUUCGGAGACACCGCAGCAAUAAAUUAGAAGAGAGAAUGUUGAGAAGGAGCGUUUUCAAUGACUAUGAAGCUUCUGCUCGAAAGGUAAUCAUGAGAGUACCUCAAAAGAUGAACUCCUGGGACGAGGUGGUUGGAGGCAUUCAUGCCACGCAUAUCUCCCCCCCACUGCAAAGUGAGGAACAAUUCGAGUGUUCAGCCACCACCCAACAGCCUACGCGAGUCCACUCGAUGGAGAAAUUCAGCGAUUCAGAAGGCAGAGCUACCGGUAAAAGCAAAAGCGAUGCCUUUGAGCGGAACUGGAGUGAAAUAUUUAGCGUAGUGGUCAAUCCGGGUGACGAAAAAUUGGAAAUAAAAGUUGCACAAGGUGGAUCUUUGUGCGGAAUUCGCCUUGCGGGUGCCAUCGUAUGCGACUUGGGUUCAGUAUCCCCCAAAUUACCCCUGAAAGUUGGCGACUUAAUUUUGAAGGUAGAAAAUACUCCAGUGGCCAAUGCUGAUCCUCAAGAUGCAGAGCCCAUGCGCCUUCUUGUUAAACGCCUCAGGGAAUGCCCUCCACUCAGUAGUAGUGAUUCAAAUCCAGAAACCCCUGAACAUCAAUCAAGUCGGCAAAUUCGCAACGGCGAACGCAGAAAAUCAGCAUGCGCCAAGAAAAAGACGCUGAGUAAAUAUGCGUCUACAGUGAAGACGAGCCAUGAAGGCGUUAAGCAAUUCAAAAGCAAAGAACAAGUACCCAUAAAUGAGAAAGUCUCCGGUCAGAAUAUUGCUGAAAAGAAGAUGCUCAGGUGUAUCCGGGAUCUUUCCAAGGGUGGAUUCAUGCAGGUGCCCGGCUCUGACCUCUCUAAACUUGGUAAAUCUGCGCCCGUACCCAAAGCAAAUGCCAAUCUUGGCUUUUUGGAUCCGUCUUGCUAUAAUCGAACUGUCCUCGCCUCUAAUCCUGAGGGUGCCUAUUGUUACGUCCCCGUAACCGAUGCUGAAUUUGAUAAUCUUCAGAGGAAGUACGGUGAACUGACCGGUGAGAUAAUUAUAGUGGAAAUUACCGUAAAGGAGAUCCAAGAGAUUCUCACCUCCAAUUACCGCAACCCAGUAGCUCACCAGCAGCCGACAACCCCACUAAGUUCACCCACAAUCCCCGUCACUUCGUUUCAGAAACCCUCCAAUCAUACCAAUCGGCGCGUCCUCAAGACCCUCGGCAUAUCUCUAUGUGGAAACAAGGACCUUAAUCAAAUGGCUGUUUUAGUCUGUGGCCUCCGACCUGGAAGUAUCGCAGAGGUGGAUGGACGCAUUGCGAUUGGAGACCAGCUACUUGAGCUCAACGAACAUGUCCUCUAUGGACGAAGCCAUCUGAAUGCCGGUCCCUUGAUCCGCUCUUGUCUUCUUAGCGUCCUGCACAGAUCCUCCAGUAAACGUUCCAAAGCUCCCUCCUCUCUAUGCUUCGUGAUCUGCCGGAAUCCUGAAAACCUCACCAACAUGGCCGUUGCGCCACUUUCCUAUGUCACAAACUCCCAAAAGGUUAGUCGUCGAGGCAGUGUUGACACAGCAUCUGGGAUAGAUUUGCCUCUGCGGAGUGCCCUGCAGGCUCAGGGUAGCCCCAUAGGUCGCUCAACGUUUGAGGAAGUUCACGCCACUCGCCUACUACGAGGUCGUAACGGCUUUGGAUUCGCUAUAAUGGACAAAAGCUUCACCAACGAACCGGGGAUAUACAUCAAACAGUUGGUUGAAAAUAGCCCUGCCGCAUUGGAUGGAACACUGAGGGCUGGCGAUCGGAUCCUCCGUGUGGACUGGCAUGACGCCUUACAUGCAAGCUACGACUCCGUCCUGGAAUGGCUGAGAUCCGCUCGGCAUCAGGUUCGGAUAGUGGUGUCACGAGUCCGUCUUUUUACGGGAGAGAAUCGGCCUUUGGAGGAAGAGGAGCCAUAUAAAAUGGGCUUUCGAAAACGCCUCUCUGCACCUCUCAUCUCCUCCCUCAUUCACGCCUUCAUGCACUCCUCCGCUUCGUCAGCCUCUUCAAAAAAAUCCUCCCUUCAAUUCGCCUCUAUGGCGGAUACUAUCGCCUCAUCCAAGGGGGGAAUGGGCCUCAGCGAGUCCAAGCACAAGGGAUUACGCCAGCCAACGGUUUCGGAGACUUUUGACCUUCUCUCACCAAACAUCGGAGUCUCGAGUGAGGCGCGCCGCGCCUCCUGUCCGGAUGCGGUCAUCCCCGGUUUCGCAAAGCGUCUGGCAGCCAAAAAUUUCCUCGGAGUGGUGCCAAUGUCCAGUCUCACCCAACUUGCUGGUCCGCCCAUUCCUGUUCUGCCCCUUGGAGUCGUCAGUGCUUGUGACGAGGGCAGCGGAGGUAGCAGUAGAACCAGCGAGGCGGCACUACGAGGGCGCUACGAUACGGUGCUUGAGCGGUUCGCUGCAGCCUACCGUAGCCCCCAUAACCGCAGGAACGGUGGCGGUCGCGAUGAGGCCGAGUCGGCGACCACACGGCCCAUCUUGCCAGGCCAAAAGACCCUCAUUUGCAUCCCCAAAAAUCCUUCCCUUAGUCUUGGUAUCUCCCUUAUCGGUGGUAGUGAAACCUCUCUCGGCGUCCUUCAAGUACACGAAAUCUUCUCUGAGGGAGCCGUUGCAUUAGACGGACGACUGAAACCGGGCGAUCGACUACUGGCGGUAAACAACGAGUCACUCUCCAACCUGCCCUAUGCAGUGGCAGUGUCGACAAUCGUUGCGGCCUUCUCGGGUCAAACACCACUACAGAGCGAACUGAACCUCUCCAGUGUAGUGGCGGCCACCUCCCCCAGCCACUGCGCCAACGACAGUGGCUUCAUCACUCUAGUAGUAGAGAGACCAGGCGCGGGAGUGCAGACAAAGUGGUACGACCAGGAGGUUACUGCAGUUCUCCUCAAAAAGCCCGGUCGUGGCCUCGGCCUUUGCAUUGUAGAGCGCUCCGGACCCACACUUGUUACGGCUAACGGCGUCUCCUUUUCCUCUUCCACCACCUCUACCACCCCGCCAACGACACCUCUGAAUGCUAACCAGCAACCUGCGGUGGGAACUGAGAGAUCGGGUCUGGGUGUAAUUAUAAAAGGUAGUGCAGCACAAAUGGAUGGACGAAUAAUGAUUGGAGACCAAAUUCUGGCCAUCAAUGACAUUGACGUGGAAAACAGCUCUCAAGAAGAGGUUGCUACGUUGCUAGUGACUGCGCAGGGGACGGUGUCGCUAAGGCUGGGUCGGCUGAAGAACCAACCGAUUCCAAUCAAUUCUGUCACCGCAGCAUUUAGCGCCGAACAACGUCUGCCUACCUCCAAGCCUCUUAUCGUGGAGCCAGCCAAGCCGUUUCACUUGCAGUCGGAUGAGGGAGAUGAUAGUCCCCUUAUUUUCACUCGAUCUCGCUUCGUUUACAGUGGUGGCUAUGUGAAAGGAGAGUCGUCAUUUGGUCCGAUCUGA